AUGUACGAAGUAGCACUACAACACCUCGGUCGAGUGGCCAGGAUGGUCCGAACGACCCCUUGGUGUGGCUACACAUCGCUGAAUGCUGCAUUUGUGCAAAUACCGUAAUGCUCGGAAUCUGUAGUGCACGUGAUUAUCGGCGUGACAGCCACAGUCAACAGUCCGAAAACGGGUCAACGUGUUGUUGCGCCGAACGGCGUCGCUAGUCAUCGUGUCUGUGUGUGUGUUUCCAUCAUCAGCAUCGUCGCCGUCGGUGGGUUAUUAGCGGGACGUUUACACGGCAUCGCAGUGGUCAUUGUUUACACUGUUGCCAUCGCAGCAGCAGCCGUUAGGAAAGCCGUCGUCGUCGUCGUCGUCGAAGGUGUCUUGUGUCUGCACUGGGUCGAGCGAGUUUGA